AUGGCCGCGUCAAGGAACAUCGACUGGAGGCGAAGCGAGAACGCCCAGGAGCACCACACCAACUCCUACCCUGGCGACGAGCUGGUGGUGCGGCGGGGCCAGGGCUUUAAGGUCACGCUGAAGUCGCCUCCGCCAGCCACCGGCCUCAUCUUCUCCGUGGACAGAGGCUCGACGGCCGCCCUGCAGGCCAAGACCCGCGUGGACUUCGGCGUGUCCGGCGCCGCCGGCCGAGGCUCCUGGAGCGCGGUGGAGACCGCCGGCUCCUACUCCAUCAGCUGCCCAGCGAACGCCGCCAUCGGGCGCUACCGGCUGGGCACGAAGACCGGCUCCGGCGUCUCCCCCCUGGGCACUUUCGUGGUGCUCUUCAACCCUUGGCUGACAGAGGAUGAAGUGUUCAUGGCCGACAACGCGCAACGUCAGGAAUACGUCCUCUCGGAGUUUGGGGUUCUCUUUGCGGGGAGCGCGAAUCGCAUCUCUCAGUUCGGGUGGAACUUUGGCCAGUUCCAAGAUGGGAUUCUGGAAAUUUCUCUUGAGAUUAUGGACCGGAGCUUAAGCUACCGCAAGGAUCCAACAGCUGAUCUGCGUCGCCGGAAUGACCCCAAAUACGUUGGGAGGGUGCUCAGCGCCAUGGUGAACAGCAACGAUGACAACGGCGUCUUGCAGGGAAGGUGGGAUGGGAAUUACGCCGGGGGGGAGAGCCCCAGCAGCUGGACGGGCAGCGUGGACAUCUUGCGCAGAUGGAAGAGCUCUGGCUUCAGGCCCGUCCGCUACGGGCAGUGCUGGGUCUUUGCAGGGGUUCUGAACACAGUCCUCCGGUGCCUGGGAAUCCCCAGCCGACCCAUCAGCAACUUCAACUCUGCCCACGACACGGACAUGACCCUGACGAUCGACGUCUACUACGACCUCCAGGGGAACCCUCUGAACAUGGCCUCCGACAGCGUCUGGAACUUCCACGUGUGGAACGAAGGCUGGUUUGCCAGAUCCGACCUUGGGGCCACCUACAACGGCUGGCAAAUCUUGGACGCUACUCCGCAGGAGAGGAGCUCAGGCAUCUUCCAGUGUGGACCGACUUCCUUGACGGCCAUCAAGGAGGGAGAUGUGGACCUGGUGUACGACUGCCCGUUUGUCUUUAGCGAGGUCAACGCUGACCGUUUCACCUGGGCCUAUAACUCCAGCACCGGAGAAAAAAAACUGAUUUACUCAGAGACCCAAUCCAUUGGCCAGAACACCAGCACAAAACGUGUGGGCAGCUACGCCCGCCAGGAUGUCACAGGCAACUAUAAAUACCCAGAAGGCUCGGCCAAGGAGAGGGAAAUCUUCCGGAAGGCUCGGGGCAAGCUGAACCUGGACCUCCUCUCGCCCACGUCUGCCAUGCUGCCCGAGGCAGAGAAGCAGAUCUCCGGGAAGUUCAAGCUGCAGGGCAUCCCCGAGGUCGGCAAGGACGUCAGCUUGGUCUUGCAGCUGACCAACCUGGCUUCGAAGCAGAAGCAGCUGACAGCCAACAUGACCGCCUGGUCCAUCAUUUACACCGGGAAGCUGAUCCGCAAGGUCUGGAAGAACAGCCUCAAGGUGGACCUUGGCCCCAAAGAAGAGAAAGCCUUUCCUAUCAAGAUUUCCUAUGCCGAGUACGAGCAGCACCUCACCGCAGACAAUAUGCUCCGUGCCACUGCCUUGUGCCAGCUGGAAGAGGGGCACGACACCGUCGUGGAAAGAGACAUCACUCUGGAUAACCCCUCCAUUACCAUAAAGGUGCUGGACCAGGCCAAGGUGGGGCAGGUGACGAAAGUGGAAGCCAGCUUCACCAACCCCCUGGAUGAGGAGCUGAGGGACUGCAUCCUGCAGGUGGAGGGCAGCGACCUGCUGGCAGAGAAGCUCAAGCUGCAGGUGCCCCCCUUAAAGGCCCAGCAGACCUCGCAGAUGCACUUUGAGAUCAGCCCCAGCAAGGACGGCACCAAGCAGCUGCUCGUCAACUUCUUCUGCGACAAAUUCCAGGACGUCAAGGCCUUCGAGACCAUCACGGUGGCCCCCAACUGAUCCGCGAGGGGGGAGGAGGCGGCUGUGCUGCGAAGGGAGAGGCUUCCGGUGCCCUUUUGUCUGAAUACACCGAA